UGAACAUAAGGAUAUUUCUUCUUCUAAAUCGGAAAAGUUGGGAGGACCAUUUUGUCUCCUGCGACUUUGAUUUCGAUGGAAAAACGAAAAGCCGUCGCUUCUCUUGCAAAUUCUUUGAACAAUUUAGAUUUGAAUUCCAGAUCCAAUCCCAAGCCCCAAAUCCCUCAAACUCAAUCCUUCAGAAGGCUGCUUGAAAGGACCAAGUCUCCUCCCAGCUUACAAAGCUUGUGUCUUGGAGUUGUCGGCAAACAUUUGGAGGAUAUAAUCCCAGACUUGUCAGAGAUUGCAAUCAACUUUCCUCCAGAUGUUAAGAUGACACUGGUGGCAAUUGCUAGAAGAAGAAAGUUACUCGACGAUGAUGUUAUUGUCUCUUUAGCUGAUCAUACCUGGAAAAUUCUUGACCUUUCUGCAUCAGAUGUUUCGGAUUUCGGCUUAGCAAAAGUGGCUGAGAUAUGUACAUCACUUGGAGCUGUUGAUAUUAGCCGGUGUGACAAAAUUACUACUUCUGGAGUUUCUGAACUUGUGCAACAUUGCCUUUCAUUGGAGACGUUGAGAUGCGGAGGGAGCCCAAGGAGUGACCACACUGCACGCAGGUGCUUGGAUAUAUUUAAACCGAAGUUGAAUGAUGUAGAGGGAGACUCCUGGGAAGAACUGAAUACUGAAGAAAUUGCUAAUGGUGCACAAUCAUUGCGUUGGCUUGUGUGGCCAAAGAUUGAUAAAAAUUCAUUGGAGGGAUUUUCCUCUGAAUGCCCUCGCAUUAUAGUAAAUCCGAACCCAUCACCCUUCGGAUUCAGGGGAACCCAAGUUCCCAGGGAAGCAUUGCCAGAUAUCCAGUUGGAUGAUUCUAUUGUCAAGGAUCUUGAUCCCAAAACGUGGGCAGUGCGUGGUUUUACACUCAAGGCAAUGCCUCCAUCUCUUUCAAGCCACACGGAAUUGUCAGUGGCUGAAAAGUUUAGACUUGCUUUUGAGGAAAGGGAUAAUCGGUUAGCUCCAAAGCGAGCUAAAAAUGCAAGGCAACAUCAGCGGCGUGCUGAGAGGGAGUGGGUGAUGACGGAUACAACGGCUAAGGCAGUAGCUUUAGCCUCACGAGCGAGCAGAUCUCUACAAAGUUGGAACUAGCAUAUUUUGUUUGUUUGCAUUACCGCAAGAAGUGUAUCACGUUUUCUUCACCUUAUUUUCUCUUUUGAUUGUACAGAAAAUAAUCUGUAACAUAUAUUGGGUUUGAUGGA